AUGCUUGGUCAGUUCUCCAUGAAGGACUCCACGGAAUCUGCGGAGCCGGGCAACUACGGCGUCGGCUUCCCCAACUUCCUGGGCAAGGUCGAGGACCCGGAGGCCCGCAAGAGCAAAUUGGCGGCCGAGUUGGCCAACGGCCGCCUGGCCAUGAUGGUUGCACGCAACUUCUUCGGUGGAGAGACCACCAGCUAUGCCAGCUUCGACCCGGCCACGGAGUUGGGUGUGCAAGAUCCCAUCGGGUUCUGGGACCCGCUAGGCCUGAGCGCCGACAAGGAUCAGGCCACCUUCAAGCGCCGCCGCGCCGUGGAGAUCAAGCAUGGCCGAAUUGCCCCGGCCAUGUAUGCGACCAUGGGCUAUAUCGUCCCAGAGUACUUCAAGUUUCCGGGCUACUUGAUUCCGGUUCUUGGAGGAGCACAGAUCAUUGCCUUCUGCGGCCUCAUCGAGACCACGGGCUUCUUCCAGGCGUCGUCCACCACGGAUGGCCGUGGCCCUCGCGAGGGUCAGUUCUCCAUGAAGGACUCCACGGAAUCUGCGGAGCCGGGCAACUACGGCGUCGGCUUCCCCAACUUCCUGGGCAAGGUCGAGGACCCGGAGGCCCGCAAAAGCAAAUUGGCGGCCGAGUUGGCCAACGGCCGCCUGGCCAUGAUGGCGAUCAUCGGAAUGUUUUUCCAAGAUGGACUCACAGGAUCGGCAUGGGGUGACUGGAGCCUCUACACGGCCUCGCCCCUGCGUGCCAGAGAGUCGAAGGUUGCACGCAACUUCUUCGGUGGAGAGACCACCAGCUAUGCCAGCUUCGACCCGGCCACGGAGUUGGGUGUGCAAGAUCCCAUCGGGUUCUGGGACCCGCUAGGCCUGAGCGCCGACAAGGAUCAGGCCACCUUCAAGCGCCGCCGCGCCGUGGAGAUCAAGCAUGGCCGAAUUGCCAUGUAUGCGACCAUGGGCUAUAUCGUCCCAGAGUACUUCAAGUUUCCGGGCUACUUGAGCCCAAGUUUGGGUCUUAAGUUCAGCGACGUGCCGAAUGGCCUGGCCGCAUUGUCCAAGAUUCCGGUUCUUGGAGGAGCACAGAUCAUUGCCUUCUGCGGCCUCAUCGAGACCACGGGCUUCUUCCAGGCGUCGUCCACCACGGAUGGCCGUGGCCCUCGCGAGGGUCAGUUCUCCAUGAAGGACUCCACGGAAUCUGCGGAGCCGGGCAACUACGGCGUCGGCUUCCCCAACUUCCUGGGCAAGGUCGAGGACCCGGAGGUCAUCAAAAUGACUUGCCAGGUUGCAGAGAGAGCAGCAAUCCUCCCAUUCAUUUUCGCGCCCUGCGCGCCCUCCGCUUUGGGAGCCAGCGUUGCUUCCGGUGCAGUCGUCACGGCAGCCGUGGCCGCACGCAAUGCGGGUAAGCAUGCUUCCAAGACCACCCGGCACUUUUUCGGUGACAGUGGUGGCAGCAGCUACGCGAGCUUCGACCCAGCCACAGAGCUCGGAGUACAGGACCCCAUCGGCUUCUGGGAUCCGCUGGGCCUGAGCGCCGACAAGGAUCAGGCCACCUUCAAGCGCCGCCGCGCCGUGGAGAUCAAGCAUGGCCGAAUUGCCAUGUAUGCGACCAUGGGCUAUAUCGUCCCAGAGUACUUCAAGUUUCCGGGCUACUUGAGCCCAAGUUUGGGUCUUAAGUUCAGCGACGUGCCGAAUGGCCUGGCCGCAUUGUCCAAGAUUCCGGUUCUUGGAGGAGCACAGAUCAUUGCCUUCUGCGGCCUCAUCGAGACCACGGGCUUCUUCCAGGCAUCGUCCACCACGGAUGGCCGUGGCCCUCGCGAGGGUCAGUUCUCCAUGAAGGACUCCACGGAAUCUGCGGAGCCGGGCAACUACGGCGUCGGCUUCCCCAACUUCCUGGGCAAGGUCGAGGACCCGGAGGCCCGCAAAAGCAAAUUGGCGGCCGAGUUGGCCAACGGCCGCCUGGCCAUGAUGGCGAUCAUCGGAAUGUUUUUCCAAGAUGGCCUCACAGGAUCGGCAUGGGGUGACUGGAGCCUCUACACGGCCUCGCCCCUGCGUGCCAGAGAGUCGAAGGUUGCACUCAACUUCUUCGGUGGAGAGACCACCAGCUAUGCCAGCUUCGACCCGGCCACGGAGUUGGGUGUGCAAGAUCCCAUCGGGUUCUGGGACCCGCUAGGCCUGAGCGCCGACAAGGAUCAGGCCACCUUCAAGCGCCGCCGUGCCGUGGAGAUCAAGCAUGGCCGAAUUGCCAUGUAUGCGACCAUGGGCUAUAUCGUCCCAGAGUACUUCAAGUUUCCGGGCUACUUGAGCCCAAGUUUGGGUCUUAAGUUCAGCGACGUGCCGAAUGGCCUGGCCGCAUUGUCCAAGCCACGAACCACGGGCUUCUUCCAGGCAUCGUCCACCACGGAUGGCCGUGGCCCUCGCGAGGGUCAGUUCUCCAUGAAGGACUCCACGGAAUCUGCGGAGCCGGGCAACUACGGCGUCGGCUUCCCCAACUUCCUGGGCAAGGUCGAGGACCCGGAGGCCCGCAAAAGCAAAUUGGCGGCCGAGUUGGCCAACGGCCGCCUGGCCAUGAUGGUUGCACGCAACUUCUUCGGUGGAGAGACCACCAGCUAUGCCAGCUUCGACCCGGCCACGGAGUUGGGUGUGCAAGAUCCCAUCGGGUUCUGGGACCCGCUAGGCCUGAGCGCCGACAAGGAUCAGGCCACCUUCAAGCGCCGCCGCGCCGUGGAGAUCAAGCAUGGCCGAAUUGCCAUGUAUGCGACCAUGGGCUAUAUCGUCCCAGAGUACUUCAAGUUUCCGGGCUACUUGAGCCCAAGUUUGGGUCUGAAGUUCAGCGACGUGCCGAAUGGCCUGGCCGCAUUGUCCAAGAUUCCGGUUCUUGGAGGAGCACAGAUCAUUGCCUUCUGCGGCCUCAUCGAGACCACGGGCUUCUUCCAGGCAUCGUCCACCACGGAUGGCCGUGGCCCUCGCGAGGGUCAGUUCUCCAUGAAGGACUCCACGGAAUCUGCGGAGCCGGGCAACUACGGCGUCGGCUUCCCCAACUUCCUGGGCAAGGUCGAGGACCCGGAGGCCCGCAAAAGCAAAUUGGCGGCCGAGUUGGCCAACGGCCGCCUGGCCAUGAUGGUUGCACGCAGCUUCUUCGGUGGAGAGACCACCAGCUAUGCCAGCUUCGACCCGGCCACGGAGUUGGGUGUGCAAGAUCCCAUCGGGUUCUGGGACCCGCUAGGCCUGAGCGCCGACAAGGAUCAGGCCACCUUCAAGCGCCGCCGCGCCGUGGAGAUCAAGCAUGGCCGAAUUGCCAUGUAUGCGACCAUGGGCUAUAUCGUCCCAGAGUACUUCAAGUUUCCGGGCUACUUGAUUCCGGUUCUUGGAGGAGCACAGAUCAUUGCCUUCUGCGGCCUCAUCGAGACCACGGGCUUCUUCCAGGCAUCGUCCACCACGGAUGGCCGUGGCCCUCGCGAGGGUCAGUUCUCCAUGAAGGACUCCACGGAAUCUGCGGAGCCGGGCAACUACGGCGUCGGCUUCCCCAACUUCCUGGGCAAGGUCGAGGACCCGGAGGCCCGCAAAAGCAAAUUGGCGGCCGAGUUGGCCAACGGCCGCCUGGCCAUGAUGGCGAUCAUCGGAAUGUUUUUCCAAGAUGGACUCACAGGAUCGGCAUGGGGUGACUGGAGCCUCUACACGGCCUCGCCCCUGCGUGCCAGAGAGUCGAAGGUUGCACGCAACUUCUUCGGUGGAGAGACCACCAGCUAUGCCAGCUUCGACCCGGCCACGGAGUUGGGUGUGCAAGAUCCCAUCGGGGUAGCAGCUCGGCAUGUGGGCAACUCGUGCAAGCUCCGACUUCGCUGCGUCGUCAUUGCCCUGGUAGGCCUGAGCGCCGACAAGGAUCAGGCCACCUUCAAGCGCCGCCGCGCCGUGGAGAUCAAGCAUGGCCGAAUUGCCCCGGACUCAAGCCGCUUCAAGCCCAUGUACAUCGCAUGA